AUGGAACGACAUAUCUGGCGGUUAGGAAUGCUUCGGAACUAUGAAGGUGGUUUUUCCGAAGUGUGCCUGGUGGCCCCCCUCGUGGCUGUGAAGCUUCGGGAGGUCAAGUCGGAGCACCCCAUUCAGCGGGUCAUUCGUCUUGUGGAGGAACUCGCAAGCAAGUCGGUAGAAGAAGGGAAGGAGGAGCAGCUCACGUAUGACAAGUUUGUUGCAUGGUGCGAGAAGUCUAGCAAGAGCCUGAACAAGGCCAUCGAAAAAGAGACGGAGGUUUCAGAGAAGACCUCUGGAAAGAUUGAAGCGAAAACCUUGGAAAAGGAGCAGUUGACUGAGUCCAUCGAGGCCCUGACAAAGGAGCUGAGCGAGCUCGAGGCCUCGGCCACAGCAGCGGCCGAUGACCGCGCGGAGCAGAAGAAGCAGCACGAGCAAAGCGUCAAGGACUUGAAGAUGACCAUCGAGUCCCUGGGAACUGCAGUGACCAGCCUCGAGGCAUCGCAGGUGAAUCAGGAUGUUGCUCUUCUCAGCAAGGUCAUGCAGAUUCCCCUGGUCUUGGUGGCCCUGAGUCAAGAGGAGCAGGCAAAGAAACAUGUGACUGAAAGGACCAAAGCAGUGCUGGCGAUGGAUCCUCUUACGCCCUUCACCAAUUUUGUAGACGCCUUUGAUCAUUGGGCGAAGGUCUACCCCGAGAGCUGUGCCGUCUCGGAUGGCUGCGUGGAGCUGAGUUGGCUGGAACUGCAGGGCUUGUCCCUGGCGGUGGCAAGCCAUGUGCAGCAGCAGAUGGAGGUGGAGCCCAUCGAGGUGGCUGCCAUCUAUUCCCGGAGGAGCUCCUUGUGGCUGGCCGCCACUCUGGCGGUGGUGCGCCAGGGCGUGCCCUUUGUGUGGAUGGGCUGUGAGCUCUCCAAGGGUCGAGAGAAGGAGAUGCAGCAGAACCAAGAGAUCCUAAGGCUGCUGCGUCCUCAGCUGCUGCUGUUGGGUCAGGAUUUACCCAGCGAACUGACGCAGUUGCUGCGGCAUGGCUGCCGGCAGCUGGUACUGGAAAAGGCGCAGGUGCCCGUGCCGGUGCACCAGUCCCGGCACCCUGCGGUCCCACCCCGCCGCGCCGGUGCGGAUGGACUGCUCUGCUUUCAGCUGACGGGUGGCACCACUGGGGCCUCCAAGUGUGUGGAGAUUGCCCAACGGAUGGCGCUGCAUGAGUUCAAGGCCUAUGCCAAGGCGUUUCCGGAGCUCAGCCAUGAGGAUCGGAUUUUGCAACACACCCCGGUGCUGUGGGCUGCGAGUGCCAUUGGGCAGAUCAACAUUGCGGCCAGCUUCGGUGCCAGGCUGUGCAUUGCAGAUGAGCUCGACCAGGCCUCCGUGCAGCGCCACGGCGCCACGGUCCUGGGCGUGGUGCCCAGCGGCCUCGACGCGAUGCAACCGGCGGAGCUGCCCACGGUGCGCUGGAUCUUCACCUGGGGCGAGGCGCUGCCGGCGGCGCUGGGGCAGAAGUGGCGCCAAAACGCUAGGGUGGUGGAGCUGUUGAUUAGCACGGAGUAUUGGCUGAGCCUCUACAGCGAGGGCCGGAAUCCACGCAGCGGCCGCAGUGUCUACGCCGCCGUGGAGGGGGCCGAGAUUGCGGUGCAUCGUGAUGGAGAGCUCUGCAAGGAGCGGAUGGGACAGGUGAGCUAUGCCUCCGCGGCCCUAUGGUCACCCCUGGGUGCGACCAUCGGUGUGGGGUGA